AUGAACCAGCGCCCGGGGGCCAUGCGCGGGCUCAAGGGCCGUGCGCCUGGAGCAGCAGCAGCAGCAGCAGCAGCAGCAGCCGCAGCAGCAGCAGCAGCGGCCGGCGAGCGCGACGCGCGGCUGCUGACGGCACGGCUCGUCGCGGCGCCCUCCUGGCGCGCGCUGCGGCGCGCCGCGCGCGACGGCGCGGCGCGCGGCGGCCUCAACGCCAUCCACGUGAGCGCGGCGCUCGCGCGGCUCGCGCGGCUGGUGCCAGACGGCAGCGAGCAGCGGCAGGACCCCCACCUAUUGGACUUCCUGUCAGACCUGGAGGCCGUCGCCGCCCGCCUGCUUGCCGCGCCUCGUCACGCCACGGCCGUAGCGCCAGCUGACCCGCUCGUCGCCCGCGGGGCGCAGGCGGCGGCACCGGCGGCGCUGCAACGCCUGCAGCAGGAGCGGGCGGGCGGGGUGCAGCAGGUCGCGGCGCCGGAGCCCCAGCAGCUGGCCACAAUAGCCUGGGCGUGGGGCUCGCUGCGCCACGAUCCGUCGCCAGCCUGCUGGGAUCUCUACUGGGGCGCGUCGGCCGCGAAGCUCGGGCAGCACACGCCGCAGGAGCUGGCCAUGGCACUGUGGGGCCUCGGCCGGCUGCGGCGGCGGCCGCCGGCCGGCUGGAUGGCCGCGUUCGAGACGGCCUCGCGCCGCCGCCUGUGGGCGUUCAAGCCGCAGGAGCUGUCGAUGGUGCUGUGGGCGCUGGCGGCGCUGGGCCUCCCGCCGAGCGACGGCUGGUGGCGCCAGGCGCGCGCGGCGGCGCUCGCCAAGGCGCCGGCGUUCGCGCCGCGCGACGCGGCGCAGGUCCUGUGGGCCGCAGCGGCUCUGGGCGUGGCGGCGCCCGCAGACUGGGUGGACGGGCUCCUGCGGGCGGUGCAGGGGCAGCUGCCGCUGUUCUGUCCGCACGACGUGUCCAACACGGUUUGGGCGCUCGGGCGGCUCGGGCGGCGGGAGCAGCAUCAGCAACAGCAGCAGCAUCUGGAUCAGGAUCAUGAGCGGCGUCAGGAGUCACGUGUGCAGAGCGAGGACCCGCCCGCGGCACGGGCAGGUGCUAGCGACAGCCCGCCGGCACAACACCAGCAGCAUGGCGGCGCGGAGAUGCACAAGCGUUGGGUGGGGCGGCUGCUGCUGGUGCUGGAGGGCAGCAACGUGAAAACGGCACGCACCACGCUUCGGCAACACGCCAAUAUCCUGUGGGCGCUGGCGGCGCUGGGCAUGCAGCCGAGCGCCUCUUGGGCCAGCAUUACAUGGAGCAGCACCGGCGCCGCCCUGGCCGCAGCCGCGGCGGAGCGGCAGCGGCGGCAGCAGCAGGCGGCACUCGCUCUGGACGAGGGGCCCGCGGGGCAGCGGGCGCAUCUGGCGCCUCCAGGCGGCAGCGCGCCGCCUCUGAUCGACGAGCGUGACGCCGCCCAAAUUGCCUGGGCUGCGGCCGUGCUGCCCCAGGGCCCCAGCGGCGCUUGGCUGCGCACCUUCUGGGCGGCGACCGGCCCCGACCUCCCUGGCUACGGCGCGCAGGCCGCCGCGGUGCUGCUGUGGGCGACCGCGCGCCUGGGCCCCGCCGCCGGCGCCGCCGCGCCGCCCGCGGCGUGGUCUGGCGCAGCGCUCGCCGCGGUGCGCGCUGACCUGGCAUCUCUUCAGCCGCCGGGCGCCUGCCAGCUGCUGUGGGCGCUCGCGGCGCUGCGGCACCCGCCCAGUGAGGCGUUCAUGCGGCAGGCGCUCGCGCGGCUCCAGCUCGAGCUGCACCUGCUGCCGCCGGCCGGCUUUGCGUGCGUGCUGCGCGCGCUUGGCGCGCUGGGGUACUGCCCGGGCGACACCUGGUGGGACACCCUCUGGUACUGCCUGCGGCCGGCGGCGCACGGCUUUGGGGCCAGGGAGCUCGCCGGGGUGCUGUUCGGCGCCGCCGCGCUCGGCCGCCGGCCUCCGCCGCGCGUGCUGCGCGAGCUCGGGGCGCGCGCCCUGGUAGUCCUGCCGCGCUCAAGCGCGCGGGAGCAGGGGGCACUGCUUUCGGCGCUGGCGCGGGCCGGGUGGCGACCGGCGGGCGUCGCAGGUCUUUCGGAGUCCGGCCGAGACCCAGCGUCGUCGUCAUUGGCGGCGGCGGCGGCGGCGGCGGACGACGCGCGGGAGCUGGUGCUGCGCGCGGGCGCUCGCGCGCUGGCCGGCGCGGGCGCGGGCGCGGGCGCGAGCGCCGCGGACGUGGUCGGUCUGCUGGCGGGCGUGCGGCGGCUGGGCGUCGCGCCCGACGCCGCGUGGCUGCGGGUCGCGCUCGACGCGCUGGACGGCCGCGACGGCAAUGACCGCUGCGUCCCUGCGCCGCGCAACGCGGCCGCUGCCAUCGCGGUGCUCGCGGCGCUGGGGGCUGCACCGGAGCAGGGUUGGGUGGAGGCGAUGGUGGGCGCGAUGGUGGUGCCGUGCGCUCAGGAGGAGCAGCUGCAGCUUCAGGCGGCGCGGCAGCAGCACGGGCACCCAUGGCCGGCGCCGGCUGCCCUGCCGGAGCCCUCCCUGCUUGACAGCGCGGCGGCUGGCAUCGCCGGGUGGACGCACGUCGCCCUGCCGGAGCCGCUCGUGCGGGCGCUCCUGGAGGCGCGCCUGGCGGCCAGGGCCCGGGAGGGCGGGCGCGCCGACGACGUCCCGAUGGCUGCGUGGGAGGCGCUCGCCGGGCGCCUGGCGCGGUGA